CUUCAACAAGUGGUUCUAAAUGGCGACUUGCCAUGUUCCAAAGAAGAGGCGGCAGUUCUGGCAGGAAUCCAGCUUCGAAUAGAAGAAACGUGGCCGUCUGAAGAGAUACUGAAACCACUGAACGAAGAUGUUAAGGAUGGUUUUCCAAAAUCUCUAACCCAUAUGUCUACAAGAGGAAUGUGUACAGUAACAACAGUGGAGUCGGAGGAUCGAGAAGACCAACAUAGUAACAGGGGGCGACUUCUCUUUCACCCUCAAUCUAGUCUAACCCUCCUUAAGAUUCCAAAGAACAGUUCCAUCUUGCGGCAGUUGCUAAGUGCAAACGGCAAUAAACCAAUGACUACGAGCGCCAUCAACCUCCAGGACUGUGUUCCUCCGCUGUAUUACUCCACAAAAAAUAUGGUAAAAUCAAUAAAGGAACAGAAAAGACGAUUGUUUCACUCUCCUCUUUACGAAAGUGAAAUACAGUUGAAGAAACUUUAUAUCCAGACGUGUAAACGUUUACCUUGUUAUGGAUGUCAAAUGUUCCACGUGAAAGAACUACUGCGCGGGAAAACCAAGAAGAAGGUAGGAAGUAGGCUAAAGUAA